AUGAUGAAAAAUUUUACGGGAUUUGCUGAACUAUGGGAAAAAGAACCAGAAACAACUGUAAAAGCAUUUAUGGACUCGAAACCAUUAAUGGUUGAUUUUGAAGCAUUAUUUAAACAUUAUCGUCGAAUGGAAACUGAUAUUGAUGAAUUUCCUCCAUCAUUUCAAGUUGGUUCAAUUGUAUUUUAUACUGAUAAUUUAAAACGUGGUUUAAAAACUGAAAUAAAUAAUUGGAAAAUGGCUUAUGCUAAAGCUUUAAAUGACAAAUCAUCACAAGAUAUGCAAAUGGUCUUCGAUAAAAUCGAUGAUAUACAAAAACGUUUAACACGUCCAUGUAAAGAUUUAGACGAUGUUCGUACGCAUAUGGGUGCAUUAUCUGAAAUUCGUCAAAAUGAAAUUUUAAUUGAUCAAACAAUAACACCUGUUGAAGAAACUUAUGUUAUGUUAAAUAAAUAUGAAAUUGCAUUUAAUGAUGGUAAACCUGAACUUGUUGAUACAUUACAAUAUGCAUGGAAAAAAUGUUUACAACAAGGAAAAGAAGUACAAGCUCAUUUACUUGAGAUUCAACCAGUAUUUAAACAAAAUCUUCUGGAUAAUGUUACAACAUUUCAACAAGAUUUUAUUACAUUUGUUGAUGAUUAUAAUAAAAAAGGACCUAUGGUUCAUGGUACACCACCACGUGAAGCUAGUGAUCGUUUAACAAUCUUUCAAGCGAAAUUUGAUGAAUUAUGGAGAAAAUUUGAAACAUAUAGUGCUGGUGAAGAUUUAUUUGGUUUAGCAAUAACGGAUUAUCCAGAUUUACAACGAAUUAAACGAGUAUAA